CCAGCGGGGGGGGGCAGGUUUCAGAUUAUUAUCCGCCAUUUUUAUAGUGGAUAUUUGGAAAAGCUCUUUUCUGGACUACAUGUCCCACCAUCCCCUGAUUUCCCAGUGUCUCGCCCUGUGUCAGGCUCAGUGGCCUUCAGUUUUGGACCACAAGUCCCAUCAUCCCCCUCCCCUUCCCAGAUAUCUCUUUGCCCACCCAUCCAACUACCUGUACAGGCAAAGCGGCAGCCGAAAUGACCACCAGCCAGAAGCACCGGGACUUUGUGGCCGAGCCGAUGGGUGACAAGCCCGUCGGCACCCUGGCCGGCAUCGGAGACGUCCUUGGCAAGAAGCUGGAAGACAAAGGCUUUGACAAGGCAUACGUGGUGCUGGGGCAGUUCUUGGUGCUGAAGAAGGACGAGGACCUCUUUCGCGAGUGGCUGAAGGACACGUGCGGCGCCAACGCCAAGCAAUCACGGGACUGUUACGGCUGCCUGCGCGAGUGGUGCGACGCCUUCUUGUGAGCGGGGCCGAUCCGUGCUCGGCGGAGGCUGGUGUUGGCUUUUAUAGUUAGCUAGAGAAAGACCCCUCCCACCCUCUGUCGUCCUCCUCCUCCUCCUGACCCAUCUUGCACCAUCUACCAAGGGGGCCUCUUGCAGGCUGUCACCUCCCGACCCUAGAAAUAGCCUUUCUGGAAAUUAUUUUUUUAAAAAUGUAACUGCGCUCCUUUUCCUCCGGGGAGGAAGGGGGGGGAAAGCAUGCCGGUUUGGAUUUCCUUAGAAUCCGCAGCCUUCCGUGUGGCUUUGGGAGAUCUCAUCCCCUUGCGUUGUUCGGGGGCCUUGAUCCGAAACUCCCCGAGAGCGCCCACUUCUUGUGGCUGCAGGUUUCAAUUGUGAUUUGGAAAGCAACCGAUCUGUUAGGGAACGUUUCUGUGUCUGUCCCCCACCCCAUCCCCUCCCUCACGUUUUGAUCCUCCCGACUUUUAUGCGGCCUGCUUUUACCUGCAGGAACCAAAAAAAUCAUUGCAGAGUUUUUAAAACAAUAAAACUGAAGCUGUGUUCAUAUCUUUA